CAUCUGUGGUUUAUUAAUGGAUUCGACAGGAGCGUGUCAGCAGCGUUUAAACAGUAGGGAAAAAGGAGCGGAGGGAAAUCGGACUGUCAGGCGUGUGCGAGAAGAAUUGCCUCAUUCUACUGUCGUUGCUCGACCUGACUUUGACCUCCGUCGCCGAUUGUCGCACAGGGUGACAUAACCUUGCUCGCAAAGAUGUCUCAUGAUCAUGCGGGCCACAUGAUGAUGAAUGGGACAAUGAAUCACGGAUCCCAUGCACCUAUGGCUCACAUGGAUAUGGAACAUAUGAGCAUGAACCACGAAGGUAUGAAUCACGGAAGUGUAAACCACGGGAGCAUGGACCACGCGAGUAUGAAUCACGGGGCCAUGGAUCACGCGGGGAUGGACCACGGUGUCGGGGCUUCGACGAGCAAUGCGUGCAGCGACAUGGGCUCGCACGGUAUGUUGAUGACGUUUCACACUGGCUACUGUGAAUCAGUACUGUUCGAGAACUGGAAGAUCACGUCGAUCGGCAGUCUCAUCGGCUCAAUGAUCGGUAUCGUGAUCAUGGCCGCGCUCUACGAGGGUUUGAAAUAUUACCGGGAGUACUUGUUCUGGAAAACAUACAACGCCCUGCAAUAUAGGAGCGUCACGGUGCCGAGUGAGAAGAAUGUGGUAGCCGAAGAUAACCGAGUCGUUCAUAUGGUUGGAGAAGUAAUCCAUAAGCAACCGCCGACUAUGCUGUCCUGGAUGCAUUUAUUCCAAACAUUUCUGCACAUCGUGCAGAUCGUCCUGUCAUACUUCUUGAUGCUAAUCUUCAUGACAUACAAUGUUUGGUUGUGCUGCGCUGUAGUAAUAGGUGCUGCUAUUGGUUACUUCUUGUUUGGUUGGAAAAAAUCUGUGAUCGUAGAUGUUACAGAACAUUGUCAUUAGCAUUCAAUAAAUUGCUUUAAAUUACUUUUUCUGAAUUGCACUCGUGAGAGUGCAACUGUACUUUGAUGGAAAGCCGUUUAAAUGUAAAAAAAAAAUAUCAAGAUUAAGAGCAAUGCCUUCUGUUUAUCAAACAAGAAUAUAGAGAAUUAAUCUUCUCUAAAUUCAUAAUACACACAAUAAAUAUAGAAAUAUAGCAGAAUACAGGAAAAAUAAAUAUUUAUUUUAGUUUUAUAAUUUAAUUUUGUAUAUUCAUUUUUUUUGUCCUCAAAAAACAAUCUAAAGGAAUCUAUUAAUUUAUCUUUAAGUUAUCUUUAAUCAAACAUUUUACAGAAUUACUACAUAAAUUCUACAUACAAAUAGAAGAGAUUUUAGAAUAAUUAGUAAUUCACCAUUAUAUCAUGAAAUAAUUUUAUAAGGAACAACUAGGAGCUUGAAUCUUAGAUAAAUGUGGCAAGUUGUAAAUAUUGUUAAGAGAUUUGUAUAACAAAUAUGUUGUCAAAUGCACACACUUUUUCCCAAUUUUAUAUUUUUAUUAUCCGUUUUAUUUUGGAAGAAUGCCUGCUAAUAUCAAUAAAUUUUUAAUAUUUGGGAUAAAGGUGUGUGUGCCCACAUUAUCUUAAAUAAUUGUAAAAACAUACCAUUAUAAAAUAAACCGUUACAAAUUGA